AUGGAUUUUCUCGAAAUAAAGCCUGACUUGGAACUGUUCUUUUCUCUGUUCCAAGCUAAAGGUGUUUGGAAAGGUUUAUGGAUCAAUUUAAACAGUACCCCUGGAUUUUCUAUUUUCAAACUGUAUAAAUCAUCAUUCAAGGAUUUCAAAGAAAUGUUUUUGAAAGUUAAAUCUGUAAACGAGGAGUUCCCUUUUUACCUAGACGAAAAUUUGGGGGAAAAAUUCCCGCUUUACUGGUGUUGCCACCCGCAGCAUAUUCUGGGUCCUGAUCUUAUCAAUAGUCGUAAUGAGUGUAUAAUCUCGUUUUUGAUUGAGAUGGUUGAUAAAGGGGGACUAAUUUCUGUUUCUGACCUUCUAUCGUGGGAGGAAAAUAAAGCCGUAGUAGUAGAGUAUUUCGCUGGUAACUUCCCUGGAGUGACUGCUUCUAGUUUGAGAUCUCGCUUCAAAAGCAAGAAUUUUGAGGGGUCCUCAUCAAAUGUUGAGAAAGCGGAUGGUGGGGCGGAGGUGGAUCAGCCCCUGAAGAAGAAAAGUAUUGUUUUCAAGAAGAGAAAGUCAGAUGCUGUUGCAGAAAAUGAGGGACCGGAAGAGGAAAGAUUGCAACUUGACGAUUUGCCAAAUUUUGUUUUAAAGCAGGAGAAGUUGCAUUCUUUUGAUGAGGAUGAAGAAAGCUCUUCUGUUUGGUGUAAGAAAUUUCCUUUUGGUGUUGUUGCCGAUGAAGUUGUUCAAUCUGAGAUAGAUAAGAAUCGUGUGGAAGCGGUUGGAGAUGUAGGUGUUGAUCAGUACUUACAGGUUUUAGGAUUUCGAUUGGCCAGUAUUGGCCGUAGUCAAGAGAAGAAACACAGGAAGGGUUUGUCCGAAGCUUCAAAGAUUGUUAAGCUGAAGGAGGAAUUGGUAUUGAGUGAGUCUAGUGCUAAAGACUUAAAGAAGAAGUUGACUGACACUGAAUCUAAACUUAAAGUUGAGAAAGAAUGCCAUGAAAGGAUUUCUGCGUUAUUAAAAGAAAAGGAAAAUGAUCUUUCAAGUGUGAAUGAGCGGCUUACCGAUUUAUCUGCGAAGAUGAAAAAGUUUGAAGAAAACAAACAAGGUGACAUCUUAGAUGCCUUUGCUGAAGGGUUCGUGCGAGCUGUUAAUCAGGCGAAGUUCCUUUUUCCGGAUGGUGAUUUUGGCGCCAUGGACCCUGCUAAAGUAAUUCGAGAUGGCAAACUUGUGGAUGAUGAGGAAGUCUCUGAAAAUGACAACCUUGCUGACUGAUUUUAGUAUUUUGUUUUUGUUAAAAGUUUUAUGUAUUU